UUGAUGCACUGCCUGUAAGGUACUUGUAGGCUAUGUAGAGCUCUUAAUUAAUGAUUGAAUACCAAAGCUUGAUAUCAGAAACACAAUGUGACAUAAAAAUGUCAGCAUAGUGCUACAACACCAACAUCAGCCCCAUUUACAUACAUGAAAAAAUCUCCAAACUGAUUCACAUGUUAAUGACAAUUUUUGGAGCAACUUGAUUCAGUUAAAGAAGCAAAUUAGAUCUCAAUAUGAACCAAAUUAUUCAUGGUCUAAUUAAGCAUUUGUACAAUUUUUAGUUCAUAUUAUUCACCGAUUUUGACCAAUGCAUAGAUAUCAUCUGAAUCCACUUUUCUAAAUAAAAUGUUUCUUCCUAUGUCAAGUUUAUAAUCUUUUAAUCACAGCUUAUGUAAAGAAACAAGCAACCACCAAAAAAAUGCAAAAAAAGAGAAAAAAAAUCCUUUUGGGUAAAUAGAAGUAUAAAUAUUGAAUAUCAGCAAAAUGAGAAAGUUCUGAUUCAAUGUUCUCACGGUAAAACCUUGCACAAUUAAAGCAGGGGUCAUCGCUGAGGUGAACGAAAAUAUGCUCAAGUAAAUAGUUUGGGAGAUGCUGUAAUUAAAUUUCCAUAUCAAAAGCAUAAUAUGGUCUUGCAGUGAGAGCUGCGCUGCUGUUGGGUUUUCUUUGAUGUGGACAUUUUUCGCUCAACUUCUCCAGCGCAGCGUUCAGCUCACAGACCUCCUCCUGGAAAUCUUUCCGCCUGUGUAUCUCACUAAAAAGCCUUGUCCGAUCACUAUAUCGACUCUUCUUUUCUCUCCCCAGGAGUACCAGAUCGAUAUCAUCUUUUCCCAGACUUGGGUGGACACCCGUCUGCGGUAUAACAGCAGCAGCAUGCGGAUUCUGACCCUCAAUAGCAAUAUGGUCGGCCUGAUCUGGCUGCCCGACACCAUCUUUAGGAAUUCCAAGAACGCCGACUCGCACUGGAUUACGACGCCCAAUCAGCUGCUCCGCAUCUGGAACAAUGGAAAGAUACUUUACACACUGAGGAUGACCAUCAACGCAGAAUGCCAGCUGCAGCUUCAUAAUUUCCCAAUGGACGAACACUCCUGUCCUCUGGAGUUCUCCAGCUAUGGCUACCCGCGGGAUGAGAUUGUGUACAAGUGGAAGCGAAACUCGGUGGAGACGUCAGACCAGAAAUACUGGAGGCUUUACCAGUUUGACUUCAUGGGGCUCCGAAACACGACGGACAUGCUUAGGACCACGGCAGGUGACUAUGUGCUGAUGACGGUUUACUUUGACCUGAGCAGACGGAUGGGCUACUUCACCAUCCAGACCUACAUCCCCUGUAUUCUCACCGUGGUUCUCUCCUGGGUUUCAUUCUGGAUCAAAAGCGAUGCCACGCCGGCCAGGACCACGCUAGGCAUCACUACAGUGCUGACUAUGACCACCCUGAGCACAGUGGCCAGAAACUCCCUACCCAGAGUGUCCUACGUGACGGCCAUGGACCUGUUCGUCACCGUCUGCUUCCUGUUCGUCUUUGCCGCCAUGAUUGAGUACGCAAUGCUCAAUUAUUACUCCUACAGUAUACGCAGACCGCCUCCAAAGAUGCAGCGGAUGGCCUACUCAUCCUUCAACAUGGGUCGCACACCUCGAGCCAUGAUGCCAAUGGGCAACUCUUUGUUCUGGCACGACUAUGAUGAUAACUGCCUGUACGAGUGCCUGGAUGGAAAAGACUGCAAGAGCUUCUUCUGCUGCUUUGAAGAGUGUAAAGAAGGCGGCUGGAGGAAAGGACGGAUCCACCUCAACAUCCAGGAGCUGGAUUCCUACUCCCGGGUGUUUUUCCCCACCUCCUUCUUGCUUUUUAACAUAGUCUACUGGGUCAGCUACCUCUACCUCUAGUCUGAUCGGACGGCCAUCUUUGGACCCUGCUGGAGCAGCUCUCAUCGUUUCCCACCGCGACAGGAGACGUGAGGUCUCAACCAAGUAGUGGAGGAAAUUAGCUGGAUCUGCAUUGUGGGAAGUUUUUACAGACACACUUCUUCAAGGGGGAUAUUUUGAUGGCCAGGAUUUUUAAAAAUGGGUUUACUUCUCUGUCAGGAUGGAAAGACUGAUUUUAUAACUCUUUGAGGAAACCAAACUGUGACUUGAGAGAAGUUCGGGGACAGGGUUGCAAAGCUGAAUCUUGGACAUCGAGAUAGCCAAGCACCCAUAGUGCCUUCUCUGGAAAGGGUGCGGCAACACAGUAUGCGGCUUCAGAGUUCCCUCCAUUUUUCUUUUUCACCUCAUAAGUCACAAGGCCGCAUGCUGAGCUGUCCAUCUACUGACAAAACCAACCUGGAUCACAGUUUUUCACAAAUGGACAUGUUCAAAGUUAUUGCUUUUAUUUUGUAGCAGUUUAGUUUUAGUUCUAUGCUAGAAUUAGUUCUUUUCCUACGGUGACAUUUCACUUUUCUUAUCAAGUUGGACAUGAGUUUACAGCAACACCAACACAUCAGUUAGCUGUUUAGUACGAGUCAGCAGCCUGUUGUUGCUGAUGUUUUACGACCACGGGACGCAGUUUACAACAUUCUUACACAACAAAUGUAUACCAACCAAACUAAACUUACAAAUCUCAGCCAUGGGCAUUUUAUGUAUGUUUAAAUACACAAAUAAGCUUAGCUAUAGGAGUGCUUUCAUUCAGAGCAGAUAUUUAGUUACUCUAUUAAAUAUACUUAUUUAGAGUUUUUACUGUCACUUUUAAUUUCCCAGUCUCUUUGUAAAUGAAAAGUCGGACAUUUUGGGAGAUUUUUGUUUGUCAGUUGUUUUUCAGCUGUGAUCAGGAGUAUGGAUAACUAUAAAAGCUUAACUUCUACAUUUCCAUAUGUUUUGUUAUGGAUCUAGCUCUAAUCUUCAUUUCAACACUUAUACACUCCAGAAAUUCACAAAUAAGAUGAAUUACUAGAUUAGGAAAACCUUUCAUCUACAAAAGACAAUCAGAGAAUCUGGUAAUUUAUUAUAAUAUUCCUCACACAACUUUUUGCUUUUUCUGGUAAUUUGAUUGCCUAUUUACAUUAUGAGUAUCAAUGGUAAAGGUAUAUCUUUCUGUGCGAUGGUUGUGAACUUCAAUGUCUAGAACGAAGGUGAAGCUAAUAUUUUUUGCCACGUUUUAUGGGAACUGUGUGCCAAGUGAACUGUGAUUAAACUUGAACUUUUAAAGAAAAGUAUUAGACUACUUACUACCAUUGGACGAAGGUUUAGUAACUAGCUCUGACUGAGCCUGACCAUUAGCAAACCUUUUAGCUGAAUUAACAUUUAGAUGACUUAAGAUCUUGUAGAAGCCAGUAUGAAAAUAUUUUUACAUAACUGAGUCCAAAAUUUGUUCACAGUAAUGUAAAACUAUAAAAUAUUUUAUUUUAGUUCUCACUGGCCAAACAUCUUUGGUUGGAAAAUGGUUCCAUUAUGAAGGAGUUGAAAGACAAUGGCUAGCAGCAAGAAUUAGAUUUUAAUUUCCUAAAAUAAAUACAACACAUCGGUUUUCUUCAUGGGUUCACUGAGAUAGUAGAAGGUCUGGUAACAAACACUUUCUGGUGGUGCCGUUUGCUUCCCAGCAACUUCCUCAGCCAGAAACAACACAUAAAUAGCUAUGUGUAAUGGUUGUAUGCACUGGAUGCAUUUCUCAAGUAAACAAAAUUAGCAAGGAAUGAAGAAACAUAUUUAUGACCACCAAAUCUGAUUCCUGGUGCUGAAAAUAGAAGCUCGUAGUGAAAAUCUGGAUAUUUAGACAAUAUAAAAUCCUGUUUUGUGUAUGUACCAAUGUAUGAAGUAAGUAACAUUUAACAACAGUGUACCUGUUGACUCCUCCUUCCACCAGGAUCAAACAAAGCUCCAUUCUUCAAGUUAAAAUUAGGUUACUGCACUCGUAUUUCCAUCAAGGACCUUAUACCGAAAAAUAUCCGACAACUGUCUUAUAAAAAUGACCAAAAUCUCAGGAAAGUUUUCAAACCACAAAUAAUUAACCAACUCAAUCCAUACUAGUAGGGUGUACCUAAUAAAGUGGCCAGUGAGUGUAGGUGUCUAAUAUUGCCCAUGUGUGACACAAGAGACCCCAAGAGCCCUUGGAGUCCCUCAGAGGCAGCAGUGGCUUUGACAAAUGUCACUCUUAGACGCCGCAGGAAUGAGAAUGACUUUAUGUAGCUUAACCUUUGCCACCCAAAUAUUACACUGGUUUUCUUCUCUAAACCUCGGCAGCAACACAGAUCUCUUCGACAAAAUGUCAAACUAUUUAUUUAAAAAGCCCAUAAGCCGCCACUGCGCCUGCCAACUGGUGGAAACUGGCUUUGAAGGGUGAUAAUAGUCGUCAUCCCAACACAAAUGCAAACAUGAGAGAGCCUGUGCUGCUCAUGAGCUAGCCAAGCUCACCAAUUUGAAAUGAUUAACUCCUACAUGUUGUGAUGCUCCACGCUCACAUGGUGCACAGGGCAGAGCUGGAAAUGGAUGAUACAGGAUGUUUGCUGAUGGCUCUUGAUGGAGUCUCUCCGUUCCCUCCUCAAACAAAUAAAACCCGGCGCCAUAUGUUUGUGUACGGACCCAAACGUUCAGGCAAACAAGAGGAUGGUGCCAGCGUGAUCUGGAACCCCUUUUUGGUUUUGUUGACUCUUCUAUGGCGUUUCUUGCGGUUUUUUUGGCUUCGUAGAACAAUCGACCCCUCUUUUCUGUCCUCCUCCCCACAUCAACACACUUUCACCGGUAUUCGAAGCUUUUCUGUGAGACGUAUCUAAUUAAUGUUUCUAUUUUCAUACAGUUAUGGAAUGUAUGUUAGGUCAGUAGCAAGGCUGGAGUCGGUCUGGUUACAGUUCAGUCAGUUCGUGCCGCGUAAAUUAGUUUAUUUUUAGUGGGGCUUACAUAUUCAUAAAGCCUCCAUACCCAUUUGUGUCCUGUCCAGAGACUUGUAAUGGAAAAUAAACCUGCUUUGAGAGUUGCUAGAUGAACAGCAGAGGGGCUGUUACACUGUGGGCCAUUACUAUUAUGCUGAUUUACAGAUUAACUCAUGAGACAGUGGCAUUUCAUUAGUAUUCAGCAUAUUCAUCUCCUUAGAACUGACUGAACUAACCAGAGCUUGGCCAACACCGCAGUAAACCCUCCUCACCUCUGGUAUUUCUACUACACUUUAUAAGUGUCUUAGUCUGUUGAGAUACUUCAAUAAAACAAAAGAAAUCACUAUUUUCUACGUCUCAAUGAACAUCACCUUGUCUGUAUCAAGCGACAGGAACCUGUGUUUGUAAAAGCUCUGUGGAGUCUGAGUGCUAAUCCAAGAUCAGCCCUAGUGAGCUUAAUGAAGUCGCUGCGGCGGCCGCCUUUUCCACCAGACCUCGUCACCCCCAUUAAGGUCUGCACGAGUCAGAGCUGCAGAGUCGGUCCCAUGGAAGUGGCAGAAAAUCAAGUAUUACUGGGGUUCCCCCCCCCCCCACAAAGCAAUUUGCUCGUCAUCGUCAGGGAGACCACUGGAGGGCGGGGCAGAGAGCAAAGCGCCAAUGAGCCACACUGGUCUUGGAUCAGCCCUCCCAGAGGAAGCUUUUAUGAAAAUAGGAUCUUGGGUGAAAUCAAGCAUCUUUUCUAUUGUGUAGUAUGUUGCUUAUAUAAAUAAAUAAU